CAUGUCCCUUCAUUACUACAGAACUGUAGGAAUCUGCUCAUGUGAAACAACACUGAAGUUCUGACAUCUGACUAAAGAGAAUUGUAAAACUUUGCAUGAAUGUUUGCAGCUCAUUCUUUGGCAGAACAAGACGACUUCAUCACUAAGGAUUUUGAGAGACAUGUUGCAGUGUCAAGUGAAUUUCCUUGAUGACACCCACUUUAUGUGGGAGCUGGAGAGAAAUGCAGUGGGGCGGGAUCUCUUCAAUAAAGUAUGUGAACACCUUGAUCUGUUGGAGAGGGAUUACUAUGGUCUGGCCAUGUGGGAUUCUCCAUAUACCAGGGGAUGGCUGGACUGUUCUAAAGAGAUUCUAAAACAGAUUAAAGGUCCAGUAGCAGAAUUCUUUUUUAAUAUCAAGUUUUACCCUCCCGAUCCCUCAAUUCUGGCUGAAGACAUUACUAGAUAUCAUCUGUGUCUUCAGCUACGGAAAGAUAUUAUGAUAGGUCGACUGCCCUGUCCAUCAGACAUGUUGGCUCUGUUGGGUUCAUACACAGUUCAGUCGACACUUGGAGAUUAUGACCCAAAUCUCCACAAGAAUAACUAUGUCAGUGAGAUUGUUCUCGCACCCAACCAAAGUGAAGAGCUAGAUGAGAAAGUGAUGGAACAGCAUGCGACACACAGAUCUUUGAGUCCUGCACAGGCAGAUAUGCUUUUUUUCGAGUAUGCCAAGACACUCCCUAUGUAUGGAGUGGACCUGCAUCCUGCUAAAGAUGUUAGCGGUGCAGAUGUAAUGCUGGGUGUGUGUUCUGAAGGACUGAUGGUGUUUAAGGAUGAGAUCAAAACAAAUAGCUUCUCAUGGCCUAGAGUUCUUAAAAUCUCUCACAAACGCAAUACUUUUCUUCUCAAGAUCCGCUCUUCUGAGGAUGAGUUAGAUGGAGAUGUCAGCUUUACUCUGCCCAGCUACAGAGCCUGCAAACAACUCUGGAAAUGCUCUGUGGAGAACCACAGUUUCUACAGAAACAGACUUCAAGAUACAACAGCAAAAAGGUUUUUGACCCUGGGAUCAAGGUUUCGUUACAGUGGACGCACUUUGUCUGAGUGCCUGGAGGCCAGUACCAACAUCACUCGGGCUCCUCCACAAUUUUUACGCCUUGCCACAAAGAGAAAAGCAAAUGAAGAAAUCCUUAAUGUUCUGAAGCAGCCGGUGCAAACGGAGUCAGAUGACUGGUUCUUGGUACAUGAUUCGGAUAAAUGGGAAGUUUCUUCAUCAGAUGAUGUAAUGCUGGAGAGCAAAGAGCUCUGGGAGUCAAAGCAGGAGGCUGAUGAUUGGUUCGUUCUCCUCGAGUCCAGCCUAUCUCCACCAUCAGUUCUUCAACAGUUUUUUGAGACUGAAGAACAAAGAAAAGUAGAGAUUGUGGAGGAGAACGAGUCAGAGGAGAGGACCACAGAUGAGCUGGUGAUAAAACGUUCAUAUAAAGUUAAUGUGGCACAAGAGGGGCCUGUGGAGCUGAAGGUCAUGGAGGAACUAGCAAGAGACAUCAUGAAGAAAGAACAUCCUGAAUUAAAAGAGCAAAUAAUGACUAUGAAGGAAUCGCUAACAGAAGAAAUCCUACAGGUGAAUGGGGAAAGAAUACAAAGAGUAGUCAUCACAAAACAAUGGACACAGGAGGUCAACACUUUUGUGGAAUCGCAAGAAGAUGUAGAGAAAAAGAUAGAGGUGGGGAAACUUCUCAGUAUGGGUUCUGAGAAAACAUCUGAGAGAUUGGAAAUCAUAGAACGGAAACUACAGGAGGUGGAGACUAUUGAACAGAAACUACUAGAUGUUGAAGUGCUGAGGGUUGGAUUACAGGAAAUAGAAAGUUUGGAGCAAAGACUACAGCGAGCUGAGAGGGAGGAGCUUCAACAAGCUGAAACGGCUGAUUGGUACAUUCUGCUAGAUCCCAGUCCAUCAUUGCUCACUGCUGCCCCCACAGCUGAGGAACAGAUAAACAUCAACAAACCAAUGGCAAGAAAUGAUGAUUGGUACAUUCUUGUGGAGAUGCCCGCACAGAGAAUAAAGUUAUCAGCUUCUCCUACAGUUCAAACAGAUGUGAUCGGCACCAUCGCAGGAGUAGAUCAGGCUGAAGAAGUAGAAAGUAAGGAAGCAGAAAAGAAAAUACAGCUCCUGCCACCAGACGAACCAAAAACACACACAUGUGAGGAGACAUCAGUUGAGCUUUAUGAAGAGACCAGAGAGGAGGUGACUCAGAGCAGAGUGAGAAUAGAUAAGGAGCAAGUGACGGUGGAUUAUAGAAGACCACAGCCAGUUCUUCCAGGACAGCAGGCAGACCGGCCUCAAAGAGACUUGGAGGAUGAUUGGUUCAUCCUUUCAGAAGUUUCUCCUAAAACAUCAGUGUCUUUGGCUUAUCCAUACCUGCGAGGAGCAACUGUUGAGCUGUAUGAGGAGAGCAGAGAGGAGGUGCUUCAGAGCGGAGUGAGAAGAGAGGAGCAAGAAUCAGAGCCAAUCAUGUUGGAGAAGAGAGCAACACAAGCUCAGAGAGAUGUUGAGGAUGACUGGUUCAUUAUUCUGGACGUUUCCCCCAAAGGGACAGUGCCUUUGGUUUAUCCUCAUCUGCAAAGCACAACUAUUGAGCCAUAUGAAAAGAGAGUGACGCCAGAGAAGGUCGAGUACAAACAACAGCAGCAGGUGACAGUAGAAGAUAGCAGACCACAACAGGUUGUGCUUGAGCAAAGGGCAGCACAAACCCAGAGAGACAAAGCAUGCAUGUUCAUUGUGUUUGUAUCAGUGCCUUUGGUAUAUCUGAGAGGAGGAGCUGUUGAGGUGUAUGAGGAGAGCAGAGAGGAUCGGGUGACUGAGGUGAUGACCGUGAGCACUGGACAAACCGUGAUAACAGAGAAGAAGAGUGUUGUACAAACCCCAGAGUUUCCAGUGGUACCCAGAGAGGUUGAUGACGACUGGUUUCAGCUUUUUAACCGAGCGCCUUAUGAGCAGAGUAUUCCAUCAGGAGCUCGCUUUGUUUCUCUGACACCUCUGAAUGAGGAAAAGAGAGCUGUAGAGAGAAGAAGAGAUGAGGUGCAGAAGAAACAACAGGAGAGGGUGACAGUGGAUGAUAGAAGACCAGUGCCUAUUAUUCUGGAGCACAGAGCAGCACAAGUCCAAAGAGAGAGAGAAGAUGACUGGUCCAUCAUUUUAGAUGUUUCUCCUAAAGCAUCAGUGCCUACAACUGUUGAGGUGUAUGAGGAGAGCAGAGAGACCAGAGUGAGAAAAGAGGAGCGGGUGACUGAGGUGAUGACCGUGAGCACUGGACAAACAGUGAGAACAGAGAAGAUGAUGGUGAAGGUUGUACAAACGCCACAGGUGUUUCCAGUGGUGCCCAGAGAGAUUGAUGAUGACUGGUUUCAGAUGUUCGACCCAGUGCCGUAUGAGCAGAGAAGUAUUACAUCAGAAGGAAGAAAGUCAUACAGGCAUCAAGAGGAUGUCAAAAGCAGAGAUGUUGUAGUCCGUGAGCCCACCAAAGACCAGAGAGUUCAGAGGAUAGUGGAGAGGGUUGUGGAGGAGCAAAUAAGAGGAAAAACCGUGCUCACAGAAGAAAGACGAGUGGUCUUUGAGGAGCGCAGUGAGAGAGUCGACGUUGUACAGCAGAUGUUUCCUGUCAGGGUACGACAGGUGGAUGAUGAUUGGUGUGAGCUCCUCGACCCCACAGCGUUUGAGAAAAGAGCUGUUUUAUCAGUGGACACUGAGAAGCAGAGGAUAAAAGAACAGGAGGACAGAAGAGUAAGACAGCAGGACAGGAGAGUGAGAGAUGAUGUGGAGACCAGAAUGAGACAACAAGAGAUGCGCAAGCUGGAGCUGGAAGUCAGACGAUCUCAACCUGCUGUUAUUGUGCAAACAGUAGCACAGUCACAGAGAGAAGUGGAAGAGGAUUGGUUUGUUGUUUUUGAUGUUUCACCGAAACAAACAGUUGUGGCAGAUGUGAUUAAAGUGGACAAGAGAGGUGAAGAAGUGAAGAGAAGAGAGGAAGAAAAGACAAUAGAAGACAAGAGGAGAAAAGCAGAACAGAGGAGAAGAGAGGAAGAAAGGAGGAGGCAGAUACAAGUAGAAGACAGGCACAAAAUACCAGUUGGACCAGAGAAAACACCCGUUUGGCAGCAGAGAGAAAGGGAGGAUGACUGGUUUAAUCUUAUGGGUGUUUCCUCUAAAGAUUCUGUUUCCACACGGGUACCUGUUAUAUCUCCAGUGGCUGUACCCAAACCCCGCCCACAGAUCCCAGCUGACCAACCACUGACUUCGACUCCGACUAUACAACCUGUAUCUGUCACAAAAACAACCUAUCGGGACAGGACAAAAGACACGCUGGACAUCGCACUGGAGUCUGAGGCUGAAGAUUCUGUGCUUAUGGGAAAGUCACGGAGAUGGACGAAGAGAAUCGAAGGAGAGAGCAUAUAUGUUCGGCACAGCAUUCUUAUGCUGGAGGACUUUGAUGUGACCCAGGAGGUGGUCCUCAGGCAUCAAGCCAGUAUCAGUGAGCUAAAGCGUGUCUUCAUGGAGGCCAUGCAAGAUUUUGGACCCACGGAAUGGGACAGACGUCUCUCCUCAUACUCACCCAUGCCCAAAACACAGCUGCCUCAUGCCAACGGAGACAUACUCAUCAGCAUGGGCUUAAUUGAAGAUGGUGGAAAAACAGUUGUGUAAUGAAGCUCCACCCACAUGAACCAAUAUCUGCUUAAUAAUCAAAUUAGAUUUUACUAUAAUUAUGGAGUUUAAUAUUACAUACUAGUAGGAAAUUUAAAGAUGUGGAUGUUAUAUUUCUUAUUUUUUGUGUUUGAAAUUUUAUUCAAGAAAUAAAUACAUUUAGUCUAAUUAGUUGUAAACUGGUUUUAGUUGUAAAACAGCAUAACAGUUUGUAUAGCUCAAGCUUAAAGUCUAUAAAAAUCACAGUCUUACAGUUUGUUUUGUUUAAGGGAAACACUUUACAAUGAAGUUGUAUUUGUUAACAUUAGUAAAUGUAUUACCUAUGAACUAACAAUGAACAAUGUAGUUUUUCAGCUUGUAUUAAUGCUUGUCAAUGUUAGUUAAUGUCAAUAAAAUUAUUCAUGUUAAUUCAUGGUGCAUUAACUAAUGUUUACAGUUACAAUGUUUGAUUUUAAAAGUAUGUAUAAAUGCUGAAAUUAGCAUGAACUAAGAUUAAUAAAUGCUGUUAAAAUGUAGACAUUCUAAUGAAAAAUAAUCAUUUGUACUGCCAAAUCUGAGAUGUAUUGUAAGGUAACGUUUAAGACAUGAUAUGUGGUACAUUGUCCAUGUCUAAACUGAAUUGCUGAAGUUAUUUGCACCUGCCACUGGUUUUAGGUGUAGUAUCUGUAUUGGUCCAAUGUGUUGCAUACAUUGUGAGCACAGUUCAUGCUGUUGUCUAAAUGCUGUAAUACAGCUUUCUUAAACAAACACAGGUCACAGUCACAGAGAAAUGCUAGUCUGCAUAAAUGCAAUAAAUGGCUAUUCAUGGCAGCACAAUGUAUUUAACUUUG